AAAAAAAAAAAACUUUCGAAUUAGAGCUUCAAUUCAUUAAUUUGUCUGUCCUCUGGAAAUUUUUUUAUCCUUGUUCCAUUGUUGAUUGACUUGAGAAUGUUGUUUGCUGUGAAGCAGGAUAAAGAAGCAAUAGGAAACAUAAUAUAAGAAAAUGGAUGAAGCAGAAGCAUCAAGAUACUGGUGUCACAUGUGUUCUCAGAUGGUGAAUCCUAUCGUGGAGGUCGAAACAAUAGAAUGCCCCAUCUGCCAAAGUGGGUUUCUUGAAGAAAUGGCCUCUGCCACUGCUACGGAAAAUGAUCGAACUCAGGCUUUUGGACCUGAAGGGAUUGAUUCUGAGCGGGCCCUCUCCCUCUGGGCCCCAAUCUUGCUUGGCAUGAUGACUAAUUCUCAUCGCCAUCGUCCUCGAGUUAGACUCAUGGAAUUUGAAGACGAUGGUGAGGAGGAUGAUAAUGAGAACAAUAAUUCUCACCUUGAGGCGGGGAUGGAGCUUGAUCGUGAAAUGGAGUUAAUAAUGAGGAGGAGGAGGAGGAGGAGGAGGAAUUCAGCUACAAUACUCCAGCUCCUCCAAGGUAUUCGAGAUGGAAUGAUGUCUGAAUCAAGAAAUUCUGAGAGUGAUAUCAGGGAGAACGAUAGAGAUGAUAAUAGGAACAGAGACCAUAUGAUUUUGAUCAAUCCCUUCAAUCAAACAAGCACAAUUCAGGGUUCCUAUGAUCCCAAUAACGAUAACCAAAACCGCAUUCCUAGCGGCUCGCUUGGUGAUUAUUUCAUAGGUCCUGGUUUAGACUUGUUGCUGCAGCAUUUGGCAGAGAAUGAUCCAAACAGAUAUGGGACGCAGCCAGCUCAAAAAGAGGCAGUAGAAGCAUUGCCCACCGUGAAAAUUGAGGAAGCAGUGCAAUGCUCUGUUUGCUUGGAAGAUUUUGAGGUUGGGGCUGAAGCAAAGGAGAUGCCUUGCAAGCAUAAGUUCCACAGUGGAUGUAUCUUACCAUGGCUCGAGCUUCAUAGUUCUUGUCCUGUCUGUAGGUACCAGUUACCUUCUGAGGAAUCCAAGCUCGAUUCAGAUGGAUCUACAAAUCAUAGUAAUAACAACAAUGCAGAGCGGGAUGACAGAAAUGGAAAUGGAAGGCGUUUUUCAGUUCCCCUUCCAUGGCCUUUUAGUAGUAUGUUUUCAUCCUCCAGAUCCCAAUCUAGUACCGGGACUUCAUCCUCAAUGUCACCAUCUGGUUCUUCAACAACUGGACACCCAAGUACUUCACCUAAUGAUGAGAACUAAGUUUCCAUAAGCUGUACUCAUAUCAGCUUAUUGUGAUAAGCUUAUUGUGAUAAAUGUGUUCCAUAGAUGUUUUGUCUUUCUUUUGUAUAUAGAGUUUUACCUACCCAAUUGUACUAUUCCAAAAACAGAUUGUGUUUUCUUGUUAUAUAGUUGUGAAUUUGAGAUUUUUAAAAUGAAUUUUGUA